GAUUAUUCCACCGACACUUGCUCCUUACCUGUCUUCCAUCUCAGUUAUCAAUCCACGGAAAAAAUGCCAAUCUUACAACAACGAAAUUUCCCAAGGGAAUCCAGGGAAUUUCUGGAUCGUGAUAAAGACUUCCACAGCAGCAAUGGCUCAGAGGACGAGAUGCUAUUAGGAUCCAGGACCCCCGUUGACUUUGUCCCUAUUCCCGAGCAACCGAGGCGGUUCUCAAAUACCUGCAUGGUCUCUCUCAUAGUUGUCAACAUCAUACUUCUUCUGCUCAAUGCCGCUUGCUUUCUUUCGGUGACGGUAAGGGGAGCGCAAUGGGUCAACCGCACGCUUUCGGCGGUUGGACUAGGACGAGAUAAUCACGUCGCGAUACAGAUUCUGUCACCAUCACCGGCAGAGGAAGUCGUAGAGUAUCAGCUUCGUCGAUUCACUGAUGUAAUGAGCACUGGAGACUUAGAUCGAAUGUUCGUUGGCGAUGCAGGCGAAAAGACGGACAAAUUGUGGGAUGACAUAAUAGAUGAGGACAAAUACUUCGCAGUUGACCACGAUACUUUUGUGCGAGUCAACGGCAAUCCCGACACGGGUGUUCGUCUGCCGGGGGAGAAUUCAGACAAGUUCAUUGGGAGUCUUCAAUGGGCUCAUCAGUUGCACUGUUUGAACAUAAUUCGGCAGUCUACGUGGUUCGACAUUGGCCAUUAUAGGCACAUGCACCAUUUCCGCAACAAGACUGAUGAAGUUAUCAUAGCUCACACAAAACACUGUCUAGACAGGAUCCGACAGGUACUCCAGUGUAAUGGCGACACGUCGAUUCUGACUUACAACUGGAUCAGGGGCUAUGAGAUGCCAAAGGUGGCGCCAAUGACUCUGCAGAGCUGUCAGAACUUGGAUCGCUUGAGAGAGUGGCAAGACAUGAAUGAUAUCAGCCAUCUCAUUACACACCUAGAGAGGCCAAACUGGGUGAUGAGUUCUGACCCAGAGGUGAAGACGCCCAAUGGAGGCCGUAAGGGGCCAGCGGAGGUGCAACAUCCGCCCAUUCAGAGUAACAUAACUAGAUCUAUGCAUAAAGAUACUUGAGACAUGUGAAUGACGCUCGUUAUACACAUGCCGAGGGCUGCAGUCGUAAUACAUAACUUUUAGAGGUUCUAACAACGUGCUUCAAUAGCCGUUUUUCUUUAUAAACAAUGUAUCAUCUCAU